AUGGGCAAUGUGUCUGUGGCAGUGGGAACGGCAGUUGGGAUUCCAAUUGCUGUGGGCGUAAUAAUAGCCCUGAUAUUUUGGUGUAAAUUACAACGACGUUACAAAAAAGAAGAGAUUAGAGAUGCUGAUUUGGAGAAGAUGGUAAUGGAAGAAGUGGCAGUGUCGGUAUAUGAUGGUUUUAAAGCCGAAAUUAACAGCUCAAGUGAAGCUUCCACGAUAAACGAAAAGGAAGCAAACCAGGAUCUUAAACCCUGCCAAGAAAAAACCGCCAAGGCAGGGUACACACCAGCAUACAGAAGGCAAUUGAACGCUAGUAUGGGGACUUUGCGUCCAAAAAAGCAGAGCACUGCAUAUACCAAUGUCCCCGUCAUUUUCAGCGGCGAAAAGGUGAAUUAUGGGAUGGUCAGAGAUCCUUCCUAUAGUUUUAUGUAUCCACUGACGCUAUCGCGCAAAGAAACGAGUAGUUUGAGAUCAGCUUCUACGUCAAACUUGUCAUCGAGCACAGAAAAUACUGCGUUACACGAAGAAAUAAAACUGGAUGACCCAUAUGAAAACGAUUUUACGAAUUAUACUGUCAACAAGAGAGAAUUUAUUGACAGCUUACGGCCACACUAA